AUGGCGAUCCCGGCGGCUAGGCUUUGUUUUCUGGCGCUAGGCCUGCUCGGAGUGCAGUGUAAGUUCUGUGAGUUUUUUACUACUUUUUUACUUGCUCUGUAACAUUUUAUAAAUUUAUUGACUAUGCUUUUUUAACAGUAUGCGAUGUUUUAACCAAAAUUUUUGGAUUUUUGAGAUAUUUCAAGUUUUCGUUGUGGGACACAAAAUACAUAAAAAAAUUGAGAAAUUACACUAUGCCAAAGAACAGGAGAGGAUUAAGAAACUGUCCUUAUUAUUUUUACACUUUGUAAAAUACGACUAGCUCAACUUUGCUUCUAUUUUUCUCAUUUCAAGAAAAAAUUUUGGGUCCCACCACGAAAACAUGAAAGGUCCCAAAACUAGGAUUUUUUGAUAAAAAAAUGCUUUAAGCUGCUUGAAUUAUGACAAUUAUGACAAUCUGUGUCGAUUUUUUCAUUUCAAAGUAACAAUUUUGGGUCCCACCCCGAAAACAUGAAAGGUCUCAAAACUUAAAUUUUUCGAUAAAAAAUGCAGUCACUUGCUUCAAUUAUGAAAACUAAAUCUUUUAGAUGGUCUUUCAAACAGCAUAGAAGGCAGUGGAGAGGAGGAACUGGUCGACAACCUCGGCUUCGAACUCCCCGCUCACUACAAACUGGAACGACAGCUGAUGAAGUACUACAAUAACCGGAUAUUACCUCGACGAAAAGCCGCGUGGUCGGUCAAGGUCAAAUUUAGGAUUGCUUUGUAUCAGAUUGUGGAAGUUGUAAGUUGAAUUGUAGUUUUUGGGUUAUGGUAUGUAAUUAUUUUGUAGAACGAACCUCAACAGUAUAUCAUUUUGAACUCAUGGAUUGUGGAGGUAAGGGGGACUGAAAAGUCGUCAUCGUUUACAUAUUUUUUUGAAAUUUCAAAAAAAUUUUUUCUUAAUUUAGAGUUGGAAAGACGAUUUCCUUUUUUGGGACCCCGCAAAAUACGAGAAUAUCACCGAAAUUAUCUUGCCAGCCGAAAGUUUAUGGACUCCGGAUACAACUUUGUACAAUUCGUAAGUUAUAUAGUAUAAAGCUAUUAGUCUGGGGAAAAUAAUGAGCACUCUGUCGCUGCGCCAAUAGCGUCGCUGGAUUGAAAGGCAAUUUGAUUUUUGCUUUUCACUUUAUUUUGCCAGUUAAACCUGUACAAAGGUUUAGCUAGAGGUGGCAAUCGGGCCGGGCCGAUUUUUGCGGCCCGCAAAAACAAAAAAGUUGGGUAAAAGUCUUUGCACUUUCUACUGGAAGUUUUUAUGCUUUCCAGAAGUUUUUUACGUGUGUAUGCGUGACAUUAAGAAGUGUAGUCGGAUGACUGGAACAUCCGUACAGAUAGCUAAAACCUAGCCAUAAAGUUGGACUGUGUUGAAUUUUUUUAUCCUAUAGGAAGUUAGCUAAAAAUAUGGACGUUAUAAGGCUACAUGGUUAACCAAAAACUGUUUAAAAACUUUCAUUUACAUCAAGGAAUCAAAAUUACAGUGAAAUUUUUAAAUUGAUCAUAAAAAAAUUCGAAGAUUUUUGCCCCACCCUUGCAUAUUUGGGUGGGAUUUUAUAUAUGCAUAAUAAGUUACAUAUACAUACUAUACAUAAUUUUAAAAGGUAGUAAAACAGCGUAUAAGUCAAAAAAGGUUUAAUUAAUUUCCAUCCAUUCUACAAAGCAUUUGUGCUUUAUUUUGCUGGUUUAGCAUUAAAAAAUUUUUACUUAUCUACCUUCCGGGCCGGGCCGAAGCGGUCAGGCCGGCCCAGGGCUUUUUCAAAUCUGCUCAGGCCCGGGCCAGCCCGAUUGCCACCUCUAGGUUUAGCUGCGCCAAACAAAAAAUAAUAUUAAUAUUGGCGUUUCAGCCUUUCAAUGUCGGACUCUGAGAGUCGCCGGAUUCAGAGUAUCAAAGUCACCACUCUUCCCCACAAACGCACCGCUCAAAUCGAGUUCCUCUACCCCACGUUGUACAAAUUCAGCUGCACAUUGGAUUUGAGGAUGUUUCCGUACGAUGAGCAGGUAAGCGGCGAUCUAAAGAAGCUCUAAUGAUAGAGUAUAUCUAAAUGAUAGAGUUUCAAACUUCUCAUAUGAUAAAAAAUAGAUAGUCAGAUGAAUUGUUCGUAUUUUACGUCUUGAAAUCAUCAGCUUUUGAUGGUUUUUAAGAUGGAAGUUGAAAAAGCGUUAAAAUUUUUCGGAAUUGAAGAUAAACCAAAGUUAUCAGUCUGUCGGGAAAAUAAUGAGCACUCUGUCGCAUUGAAAAUCGCAUCAAUGUCGAGAAAAUGAAUUGUGUCGCGGAAAAAUCAAAUUACUUUUCACUUCAGCGACACGAUUAGCGCAGUAAAAUUGUGCUCAUUAUUUUCCCGACAAGCCGAAAAGUCCCGCAGAUUUAUCACAAUUCUAUAUAUUUUCUGUCCAAAUAGCAGACGUCGUAUUUUACCAUUCUGAAAUAAUUUCACUGGCUUCAAAAAAGCGUAUUUAUUUUACCUAUUAUAUAUUCUCCUCGCAUUUUACUCCCCCUCUUGCUUUUCAUUUUCCAUCCAAAUAAUUAUGAUUUAAUUUACCCCGCACCCCGCCUAUCUCCAACUUUGACCCGAACAGACUCUGUGUAAUGUGAUUUCGAAGGGCCAAUUUUCCGAUAUCGGCCUCCUGGGACUUGAAACUUUUUUCUCUUUUUUUUUGUCUCAAAAAAUGUCGGGAUUGCAAAAAAGUCAAGCUAAAAAUAAACUCACAAUACGUAUAUCUACAGUUUUUUUUGCAGUUCUGCGUGCUGACCUUUGGCAGUUGGACGCAUGACAACAAAGCCAUUGACUACCAGCCGAAUAAUGGGACAGAUGCGGCAAUUGGGGUGGAAAAUUGCAUCGAAAACGAGGAAUGGAAUAUUAUUCAGACCUCAGGUAAACAAAAAUAUUUACACGGUGAAGUUUAAUUGCGGUCUUUUGCGCCUUUAUCGGUCUUGAAACGAUUUUUUUUAUCUUGGCAUUCUGUUGCAAGGCAAUUUUUUGGUUAAGAAAUGGAUGUGGUUGAUUUUGAACACUCUUUGAGGCAAAUUAAUGCAAAAAAAAAGUUUUUUGACUCUCACCACGAUUCCCUGAAUUUUUGGCAUUCUGUUGCAAGGCAAUUUUGUUGGUUAAAAAAUAGAUGUGGUUGAUUUUGAAAACUCUUUGAGGCAAAUUAAUGCAAAAAAAAGUUUUUCGACUCCCGCCACGAUUCCCUGAAUUUUUGGCAUUCUGUUUCAACCCCCAAAAUUGCUCUAAAAUCGUAUUUUUUAGUGUCUCGCAUCGAAAGGAAGUACCGCUGUUGUCCAAACAACUACACACUACUCGAAUUUUACAUCAAUAUCCAAAGAAAACCGCUUUAUUACAUCACCAACCUUAUUACACCAACAGCUAUCAUCACAUUCAUCGCUAUCAUCGGGUUCUUCACAUCAGCCACGGUGAACCAAAUUCGUGCCGAAAAGAUUACACUGGGAAUUACUACGGUAAGAGAGUUUUGAUUUUGGAGAUUUAAAAAAAAUCGAAGUUUUCGUUGCGAGACCAAAAAAAUUCUUGAGUUGGCAAUAAAAUGAAAAUUUUACUUUUGAAUGUGAAAAUUUAGCCUAUGUAAAUCAUAAUAGACUCAAAUUUAAUAAGUUUUAUUACUUUGGAAGUUUUCGUGGUGGGACCAAAAAACUUGAUUUUAAUUUUUGAAUUUUUCUUAUUAUUAGGUUGAUGCAAAAGGAAUUGCGGAUUUUUUAAUUUAUUCGUAUUUUUUUAUAGGAUAGCUCAAUUCAAAAAUGGAAAAAGGUAUAUAGUAGUAAAUUUUAAGAGGAUUUUUUCUGUAUAUGUGCUAUUCUUAUAAAAGUUAUCAAACGUUACCAUAAGUUACCACGAAGGUACCCUAAACAUGUUAGUACAUUUUAAACCAAUUUUUUUACAUAUUUUUUGCGGCUUUAUCCAUUUUUGAAAAUAUUUUGAUAAAAUACGUUAUAUUCUAUCAAAAAACAAAAAAACCCCCAUUUUUGGCAAAGCGUUAAAACGCUAUCCCAAAAAUUCAAAUUUCAGCAAAUUUUACAAAUCGUGUCAUAUCUUUUUUUUAAUAAGUCCAAAAUAAAAAAUUCUUUUUGCUUUCGAUUAGUAACAACGUUUUUAAGGCUUUCGUGAAAAAAAGACAUCAAAAUCUUGAAUUUUAUUUUUUGGUCAAAAAAUGUCAAAAAAAUUAAUUUUUUUGAUUUUGAUGUUUUUUGUCACAAAAAUCUUAAAAAUGUUGUUACUAAUCGAAAGCAAAAAGAAUUUUUUAUUUUGGACUUAUUAAAAAAAGAUAUGACACGAUUUGUAAAAUUUGCUGAAAUUUGAAUUUUUGGGAUAGCGUUUUAACGCUUUGCCAAAAAUGGGGUUUUUUUGUUUUUUGAUAGAAUAUAACGUAUUUUAUCAAAAUAUGUUCAAAAAUGGAUAAAGCCGCAAAACAAUAUGUAAAAAAAUUGGUUUAAAAUAUACUAACAUGUUUAGGGUACUUUCGUGGUAACUUAUGGUAACGUUUGAUAACUUUUAUAAGAAUAGCACAUAUACAGAAAAAUCCUCUUAAAAUUUACUACUAUAUACCUUUUUCCAUUUUUGAAUUGAGCUAUCCUAUAAAAAAUACGAAUAAAUUAAAAAAUCCGCAAUUCCUUUUGCAUCAACCUAAUAUCAUCGUUAUCGUUUUGGCCAAUCUUUUUAGGUCAAAGAAACUUUGCGGAAACGUAUUUUACAUCCAAUUUUAGCUUCUCUCCAUGUCCAUUUUGAUUUUCAUGGUAUCCGAUAAAAUGCCGUCAACUUCUUCGUUUGUACCGUUAAUUGGUAAGUAGAACAAUAUAUCCGUCUGUCGGGAAAAUAAUGAGCACAAUGUCGUUGUGUCGCUGAACUGAAGAGUAAUUUAAUUUUUCCGCGACAUAAUUCAUUUUCUCGGCGGCGAUGCGAUUUUCGAUGCGACAGGAUGCUCUUUAUUUUCCCGACAAACUGAUCAUCCGUAUUUUACAACAUAUUUUUUAAAAGAUGUUUCCUCUUUUGAAACAAUAGUUUUUGACCAACCCAUCGAUCGGUCGAAAAGAAAAAAAAACUUUUUUUAGGAUGGUUCUACACCUCGAUGAUGUUACUCAUCUCUCUGGGAACCUGGGCGUCCGCCGUUGUAAUCUCCGUUCAGAAGAAGGGAAUUAUGGGCAAACGUCCACCAAUGAGAACAAUGAGAUGGGCGAGGAAGCUGGGCAAAUUGCUCCAAGUGGAAAUGCCGCUGCUGAUGAAGCAGGCUUACGUGCUGAAAGCGAAGGUAUAUUUUAAAUGUUUUUUGAUGUGGAUAACUGCGGGCAACCAAAAGGGAGUACUAACCACAGAUCGUAAAAAAAGUAUAUUUACUUUGGACCAAGACCGGGCCCUUAUUGUUAGCAAUUAUGGAAACUCAAAAAUUCUAGUAAUGUUUCUAUCACAAAUGGUUCAGUGAUCAGUGCCGGGAGCGUAAUUCCGUCUAUAUGUGUAUAGAAAAAGUCAUUAGAAACGAUAUGGCUCGUUAAAUCAAGAUGGGAACUCUUCAAGUUGUUUUUUAAUAAAAAAAAGGAAGGUACCCCAAGUGCAUGCAGGCUAACAGGGAAAGUAUUCCAAGUGCGACGCUCAGAUUUUGAUGAAACUUGGCACAAAUUUAGAAUAAGUUUUUCUAAGCUAACCGCGAGGAUCCUAGCUCGCGCUUUGUAGAAACGACCGAGAUUUUUAGAUCGAAAGUCGGCGAAAAUUUAGGACUUUUUGCCGAAUUUCGGCACGAAAAUUUUCAUGCCUAUUUCUUCCGUAAAAAAUAAUUUUUCUACAAACAAUCAAAUUUUUCCGCACGAAACUGUCAAAGUUAUGGCCAAAAAGCGCGUUUCUCUCUGACCGCUCUCCACGUUUAGCGUGCUCUCUCGGCGGCAAAAAUCGUUCGAUAUCUCGGCGGCGCCCGCAAAGCGCGAGCUAAAACUUUCAGGAAUUGAUAUUUAGUCCAUGCCCGACGUGUGUGUAAAAUUUAAAAAAAUCUGUGCGUCGCACCUGGAGUACUUCCCCUGUAAGAUGUUUUGGAAUUUAUGGCUUAAGCCCAACGUGUGCGCGCAAAAUUGAUAUAGAAAAUCUGAGAGUCACACUUGGAACACUAUCCUUCUUACAAUAAGAUUUAUUGAAAAAAUUGGUUUGAAAUUUCUCCUUAAAAACAGUCUCAGGAAGUUCAAGAUGCUUGAAAACGGACAGCCUUGUAAAAAAUUUGUGGUUUUUGUCCAAUCAGUCAAGAAAACGGUCGAAAAAGAUUUCUCAGGCCUUCGGCCAACGUGAUGAGUUCCCUGUCUGUUGCUGUUUUUCAAUUCGACGUGAAAAAACUUGUUAUUGAAACAUAAAUAACAUGGCAGAACGUAUUUUACAACCAUAACAUCCCAAGUAAUGAUUAACAAAUUUUCAGCGACGAAAAACAUUGUUCAACCUUCUCAGAUCGAACGAGUUUUUCGGCGGGAAAAAGUCCAAUUCUGACGAUAAAUUGGUAUUAAUUACAAUUAUUUUAAACUUUUACUAACAUUUCCGCUAACAAUUUACUAGCUGCAGAAUUACUUUAACUCCUUCGACUCUCCUUUACCUAUUACUCUUUAUUUUCGGCUAGAAAAUUGUAUGAAAAGCCUAAAAUACGCGCAUUUUCAGCAAGAAAAAUUGAUGAAACAGAACUCGCAGCGGCGUGGGUCGCUUUGGGCGAGGUCUUGGCAAAAACUGAGCAACUCGAGAUCCGCGACACCCGGCACAAAUUCAACGUUAGUGCCGCCGAGUAGUGAUGGUAAUAAUAUCGGACUGACGAGAUUAGCGUCUUUCCAACGACAACAACAACAAAUGGAAUUGUCGGCGCUGUCUGUUGGUGAGUAGAGCGUGGUGAUUCGUGCUAUUUACAGUUGUUAUCGAGUGGUUUAAUAACCUUUUUUUUUGCUUUUUAUAAUCCAUUCAAGCUAUUUUAGUGAUGUUUUGAAUAUGUUCUUUGCAAGGGAAGCCUUCAAAUGGGGUUUUUUUUUGAUAAAAAGUUUUAAAAAAAGGAAUGUUUUUUGCUUAUUUCGGUGUUAAAAUCUUUCAAACUCAAUGAGUAACAAUGCAGAUUGUAAGAUAUAUCAUUAUAUCUAGAUAUAAUAAUAUAUUGUACCACCUUGUACUAUACAGUACCAUGUGCAAAAAACACAUUUUUGAGAAGUGCUGGGCUUCAAAUCAACAGCAUUAACGCGUUAUGGCUCUAUUUUUACCUCGUGCUAUAUAGUACCACCUCGUACCAUACAGUACCAAGCGCUAAAAACAUGUUGUUUGAGCAGUACUAUGCACCAAACCAACAGCAUUAACAUCUGAAUGCAUAAUUUUUAAUUGUACUAUCCUGCAUGGGGGCAAAAACGUCCUGGGGACAAAACCGGUGUGGGGACAAAAAAAUAAAAAAAGUGGGGACAAAAACGUCUUGGGGACAAAACCGUCCUGGGGACAGAACCGGUCUGGGGACAAAAAGGCUCGAAAAAAGUGGGGACAAAACCGUCUUGGGGACAAAACCGGGGUGGGGACAAAACCGGGCCCAAUCGCCACCUUCCUUAGAAUUAGCAAAGAUUCGUGUUAUGCAUUGCACAGAAUUCAAUGUUUGGUGGUUAGCCUCUAAAGUCAUCAUUUGGGGGCUACUCCUUACCCAUCUAUAAGGAAAAAUUUUGUAUGACAUCCGCAAUUCUGUUUCACCGAGAUCUGAAUGGAAUUUCUAACACUCCCUAACUGUGCCGUUCCUCUUCUACUCCCUCGAACCUAACCCUCCGUACGUUUGCUCUGACUCUGUCGCUUCUUUCUUCCGACUUUCCUCUCUUUCCCAAGGUGUUCUGAGCACUGACGAUGUCCGAUUCGCAGAUGAGGGUGACGAAGAUCUGAUCGUGGACGACUGGGAAGGGACGCCGGUUCCGGCGACGCCAACACGGCUUCAGCCCAAUGGGGAGGUCUGGCCACCGGAGCCGCCCGAAUCUCCGCCAAGGAGAUCGCAUAGCGCGGCGACCGCGCCACUUGUAAGAGCGAUGAGUCGGAAAGCGACGAUUAUUCCGGAGAUUUCACUGGAUGGAAGUGAGUUUAAUGAGAUGAAUUUCUCAUUAAAAUGGCCUCUAAAAAGCGUAUAUAGCUCAGGACUUAUAAAUCUUUGUGUGUCCAGAAAAUGUGUCAUGAUGACAUUUGUUUAAAACCUUCCUAUGAUAUAAAAAACGGCUGUGAAUGGCUACUAGUACUUUCUAGAGUACCACAAAAAAAAUCGGUCUUAAAAAUUUCGUAAUUCGCAAUUUGGAUGACGGAUUUUCUGGAUUUUUUUCGCGACGGGAACUUUGCAAUGCCCAAAAUUGUUUGACUUGCUCUAGAGAGUACUUCUAGCCAUCUACAGCCGUAGCUUUUACCACUGGAACAUUUUGAACCGCUGUCAUCGUGACACAUUUUCUGGACAUGCAAAGAUUUAUAAGCUGCGAGCCAUACGUAUGUCAAUCUCUUUCAGACCCAACAAUAACCCUUCCACAAGGCCAGCAACGAACCUUGGCCGAAAUUGAGUACGAUUGGCUCGCAGAAGUGAUUGAAAGGAUAUUCCUCCUCAUUUUUAUCAUCCUAUUCCUCAUUUGUGGAGUGGGAACGAACAUGUUUGGCUUCUACCACUGGAUGAUGACCAAACAGAUCGAUAAAAUCGUUCAGUAA